GCACUCCGCCCUAGUUUCUAAGGAUCAUGUCUGCGAGUCAGGAUUCUCGAUCCAGAGACAAUGGCCCCGAUGGGAUGGAGCCCGAAGGUGUCAUCGAGAGUAACUGGAAUGAGAUUGUUGACAGCUUUGAUGACAUGAAUCUCUCUGAAUCCCUUCUCCGUGGCAUCUACGCCUAUGGUUUUGAGAAGCCCUCUGCCAUCCAGCAGCGAGCCAUUCUUCCUUGUAUCAAGGGUUAUGAUGUGAUCGCUCAAGCCCAAUCUGGGACUGGAAAAACGGCCACAUUUGCCAUAUCAAUUCUGCAGCAGAUCGAAUUGGAUCUAAAGGCCACCCAGGCCUUGGUCCUGGCACCCACUCGAGAAUUGGCUCAGCAGAUACAGAAAGUGGUCAUGGCAUUAGGAGAUUACAUGGGUGCUUCCUGCCAUGCCUGCAUUGGGGGCACCAAUGUACGUGCUGAGGUGCAGAAGCUGCAGAUGGAAGCUCCACAUAUCAUCGUGGGUACUCCUGGCCGUGUGUUUGAUAUGCUUAACCGAAGAUAUCUAUCUCCUAAGUACAUCAAGAUGUUUGUUUUGGAUGAAGCUGAUGAAAUGUUAAGCCGUGGGUUCAAGGACCAGAUCUAUGACAUAUUCCAAAAGCUCAACAGCAACACUCAGGUGGUUUUGUUGUCAGCUACAAUGCCUUCCGAUGUGCUUGAGGUGACCAAGAAAUUCAUGAGGGACCCGAUUCGGAUUCUCGUUAAGAAGGAAGAGCUGACCCUGGAGGGUAUCCGCCAGUUCUACAUCAAUGUGGAACGAGAGGAGUGGAAGCUGGACACACUGUGUGACUUAUAUGAAACCCUGACCAUCACCCAGGCAGUCAUCUUCAUCAACACCCGAAGGAAGGUCGAUUGGCUCACUGAGAAGAUGCAUGCCCGAGACUUCACUGUAUCUGCCAUGCAUGGAGAUAUGGACCAAAAGGAAAGAGAUGUAAUUAUGAGGGAGUUCCGUUCUGGUUCUAGCAGAGUAUUGAUUACUACUGACCUGCUGGCCAGAGGCAUUGAUGUGCAGCAGGUUUCUUUAGUCAUCAACUAUGACCUUCCCACUAACAGGGAAAACUAUAUCCACAGAAUCGGUCGUGGUGGACGAUUUGGCCGUAAGGGUGUGGCUAUUAACAUGGUGACGGAAGAAGACAAGAGAACUCUUCGAGACAUCGAGACCUUCUAUAACACCUCCAUUGAGGAGAUGCCCCUCAAUGUUGCCGACCUCAUCUGAGGGGCUGUCCUGCUACCUGGCCCUACCCAGGGUUCAAUCCUGGGGGUUGAGGAGCAGCAGGAGGGGGGAGGGAAGGGAGCCAAGGGAUGGACAUCUUGUCUUUUUUUUUUUUUUUCUUUUUUCUUUUCUUCUUUUUUUUUUUUCUUUUUUUUUUUUCUUUGAAUAAAUGUCACUUUUUGAGGCAAAAGAAGGAACCGUGAACAUUUUAGACACCCUUUUCUUUGGGGCAGGCUCUUGCCCCAGGCGCCGUCUCUUCCAAAAAACACUAAUUGAUUUCCCUAACCUAGUCACCUCUGGGUCCCAGAGACUCCCCAAUCCAGCUGAAUUCCUCUGAAAAUGAUUCAAGGGGCUAUAAUACGUCACUCAACCUCAUUUGCCGGACCAAAUCUGGAGGGAGAACUGAGUGAGAUUGCCCAGGGGAUUGUCCCCAGUUGGGGGGAGCAGGGGAGAGAAAAUGGUAGCCAUUUUUACAUUGUUUUGUAUAGUAUUUAUUGAUUCAGAAAACAAACAUGAAAUUCUGAAUAAAAUGACUUGGAAACUGCC